ACACUCAAGCCUCUCUAUUCUAUCUUCCUCAUUCAAACCUUAUAUUAUUUCAUAUCCAUCACUCUCAACUCACAGUUUACUGAGUGACAUCUUUGCAUUACUUAUUCCUCACUCAUUUUCUUAUCUUUCAACAACAUUUUCUAUCGGAAAAAGUUGAGAAUUCUUCAAUAUGAUGCACAGAUGUAAUGUGGGUUCAUGUUCUUGUGGCUUGUUUCACAGUCAAAACGAUUCUUUUUCAACGCCAAAUUCUUAUGGUUUUGAUGAAGGAGGGGAUAUGGAUAUGUAUUCGCAUUCGUAUUCGUAUUCUGGGGAUAUGUAUUCAUCCUCUUCGUCUUCUGUCGAUUGCACUCUUUCUCUAGGCACGCCUUCCACUCGUGGCAGUAAUGAGAAUGAAAAGCGACGCUCUAACUUCGGCUGGAAUAUGGCGGCGCCAUCUUCCUCAGCCAACAGAAACCACCGUGGUGGCAGUAACAGCAACGCCAAUUCCGGCGGCGACCCACUCUUGGCACGGCGAUGUGCGAAUUGUGACACCACUUCUACUCCCCUCUGGAGAAACGGUCCAAGAGGACCUAAGUCACUUUGCAAUGCUUGUGGGAUUCGUUUCAAGAAAGAAGAGAGAAGAGCGACGGCAGCCUCCAAUAAUGGCGGCGGGGAACACCGAGUUACGGACGGUUCCCGGAUUCAUCACAACUCACAAACCCAGAGAACGCCUUGCUUUUCUUCAUCAUACAGUAAUGAAUUCAAUUUCGUUGAAGAUGAUGACAGUGACUCUUUCCUCUCUUGGCGUUGCAACGUGACAGACAGCUCCAGCCUCUUUCAUGACUUCACAAGAUAGAAAAAAGAGAAGAAAAAUCUUCACUACUCGACUCGAUUCAAAUGAAUCAGUACUAUCCAAUAUUGCAUAUUAAACGUGCUCGAAAUUAAGAAAGUGAAAAGCCCCCAUUUGAUUUUGAUGUUGAUGUUGAUGGUGGUGAUAGACUGAUAGCGAUGGCUUAUUUUAUUCUUUUCUUUCAGCUGUUUUUUUUAUUUUUUUUGGUUGGUUUAUUUUGCAUAUGAUGGAGUGAAAAUGAGUUGAUUCUA